UAUCCUCCUAUUUAACGUCAAUUUUCUGCAUUUUUAAGGGCAAGGGGACGAUCACACUACUAUUCAUAACAUUACUAACACCUGGCACUCAAGUAGAGGCACCAUGGCAAUCCGACCACUCAAGAAACCCAAGAUUGUCAAGAAGCGGAUUAAGAAGUUCAUCCGCCACCAGAGUGACCGCUAUGUUAAGAUAAGGCCUAACUGGAGGAAGCCCAAAGGUAUUGACAACAGGGUGCGCAGGCGGUUCAAGGGCCAGUACCUCAUGCCCAAUGUUGGCUACGGCUCUGCUUCCAAGACCAAACACAUGCUGCCCAAUGGAUUCAGGAAGGUUCUCGUCCAUAAUGUGCGGGAGCUGGAGGUGCUGAUGAUGCAGAACAGAACUUUCUGCGGGGAGAUCGCUCAUGGUGUAUCGUCUCGCAAGCGCAAGGAGAUCGUGGAGCGCGCCAACCAGCUGUCCAUCCGCCUCACAAACGGCUCCGCCCGCCUCAGGACGGAGGAGUCCACCUAGGCUGGUGUGGAUGAGGAAAAAAAAAAACUGUAGCUGCCGUUUUGUGAGAGAAAUAAAGUGGAUGUGUUUUGGAAGAGCUAC